AUGUCCACCGGAGAAAAGGAGGAACUUGAACACGAAGAACACUGCAAGGCCAGAGAGCAAGAUGUUGCAGUUGCUUUUAUGGGAGGUGGCUCGCACUAUGUUGCCGUUACACCUGCUCUAGAGAGGGAAUAUCUCCGUCGCACCGAUGUUCUCUUGAUGCCCGUCUUGUUCAUUUCUUUCGGUCUUCAAUAUAUGGACAAAACGUGCCUUACAGGUGCCGCUUUGUUUGGUAUUAUCCAGGAUCUCGAUCUUUAUCAAAUCGUACCCGCUAGCGAUGGUAAGGGUGAAACAACCAGUUUACAAAAAUAUGCUUUUGUGUCGAUGAUUUUUUUCUGGGGCUAUUUGGUAGGGGUACUACCGGGGGUUGUUCUAUCUCAAAAACUCCCUUUAGGGAAAUUUGUGGGAGUCUCCAUUAUGCUAUGGGGAGGGGUAACAAUUUGUACAAUGGCAGUGAAGUCAUACGAAGGGUUCUUAGUCCAAAGAUUCUUUCUUGGGUUUACAGAAGCAUUGAUUUCGCCCGCUUUUUCGCUUAUCACCGCCAUGUGGUAUAAGCGAGAAGAACACCCUCUUCGGUUCGCCAUCUGGUAUUCAUCGACUGGUCUUGGCGCGUUAGUGGGAACGCUCCUCACCUACGGAGUCGGACAUAUCGGCGGUAGUCUCGCGCAUUGGCAGUAUCAAUACAUGAUACUUGGUACGGCGACAUUUGUCUGGGGAGUCAUUGUCCUGCUCAUUCUCCCUGACAACCCCAUCUCCGGCAAGUUUUUAUCUCAGGACCUCAAGGUAGUCGCAGUUGAACGGAUGCGGACUGAGCAGAUUGGUAUUGAAAACAAGACGCUCAAGUUAUACCAAGUCAAGGAAGCAUUCACAGACCCCAAAACCUGGAUCAUGGUUCUCAUUGUGUUCUCUGUCAAUCUCACAAACGGAGCGGUGGCGGGAUUCAGCUCGGUCAUCACGCAGAGUUUUGGCUAUUCCACAUUUCAGGCACUCUUGCGAUUGGGAGCUGGAGGGGCAGUUAUUUUCGUCACCCUCCUCGUUGCUGGCCUCAUGACAACAUAUAUAAAAAAUAUUCGAUGUUACCUCGCGAUUGUCGGCUGUCUCCCAGUCAUCACGGGCUCGUUGAUGAUCUGGAAAUCCAGUUGGACCAAUAUAGCGGUUCCACUAUGGGGAAUGUAUUUUCUCUGCUGGUACCCAGUCUCCUAUGUUAUGCUCCUUGCUCUGAUCAGCGCCAACACCGCCGGCCAUACAAAAAAAGCCGUCACAGCAGGUUUUACCUGGGCGGCUUAUUGCACCUCGAAUGGAAUUGCUCCUCUAGCUAUCCUAACUGAACAAACGAGCCAGCAUUACCCUACUGCGUUUAUUGUGUUUAUUAGUAUGACCUCAUUUGCGGCUCUCUUGAUUGUUGUUCUGCGAUUUUAUCUCAAUUGGUUAAACAAUAUGCGAGAUAGCAAGUAUGGUCUAGUUGAUGAGGCCGUAGCUGGUGCGAUGUCAUUUCAGGACUUGACUGAUAAGGAGAAUAAACAGUUUAGAUAUACAUUUUGA